GAUGUCCCACCCACCACCCGUAGGCCCCGCCCCUACGUCUCUCCCCGCCCCGCGGCGCCAGCGUGCACUGAAGAUGGCGGCUGCUGUGCGAAGGUUGCUUCGGUCGUCGGUUGCCCGACAUGUGAGUUCCCUUCCUUGGGGCAUUUCUGCCACUGCAGCCCUCAGGCCUGCUGUAUGUGGAAGAACGAGCUUGACAAACAUAUUGUGUUCUGGUUCCGGUCAAGCAAAAUUCUUCAGCAGUAGUUCCUCAUACCAUGCCCCUGCUGUCACCCAGCAUGCGCCCUAUUUUAAGGGAACAGCCGUUGUCAAUGGAGAGUUCAAAGACCUAAGCCUUGAUGACUUUAAGGGGAAAUAUUUGGUGCUUUUCUUCUAUCCUUUGGAUUUCACCUUUGUGUGUCCUACAGAAAUUAUUGCUUUUAGUGACAAAGUUAACGAAUUUCACGACGUGAACUGUGAAGUUGUUGCAGUCUCAGUGGAUUCCCACUUUAGCCAUCUUGCCUGGAUAAAUACACCAAGAAAGAAUGGUGGUUUGGGCCACAUGAACAUCGCACUCUUGUCAGAUUUAACUAAGCAAAUUUCCCGAGACUACGGUGUGCUGUUAGAAGGUCCUGGUCUUGCACUAAGAGGUCUCUUCAUAAUUGACCCCAAUGGAGUCAUCAAGCACUUGAGUGUCAAUGAUCUCCCAGUGGGCCGAAGCGUGGAAGAAACCCUCCGCCUGGUGAAGGCAUUCCAGUAUGUAGAAACCCAUGGAGAAGUCUGCCCAGCGAACUGGACACCGGAUUCUCCUACAAUCAAGCCAAGUCCAGAUGCUUCCAAAGAGUACUUUCAGAAGGUAAAUCAGUAGAUCACUCGUGUGUCUGCACCUUCUCACCCCAGAGAAGAACCGCAGUUGAAACCUGCUUUUAUCAUUUUAAAGAUAGUUAUUUGUAGAAGACAAGGAACCAAUUAUGCUUGUAUUCGUAAAUAUUGCUCUAAAUGUUUUGUUGUAAUACUGCCUAAGACCUUUUAAACAUGGGUAGUUGCUAGUAUAAGGAGUCCUUUAUUGGUGACAUCUUGGCGGCUAGCUAGCUGGUUUCUACAGAACAUAAUUUGCCUCUAUAGAAGGUGAUUCUGAGAUCAUGUCUUCAAUGGAAACUCUUCUGUUUUAGCCUUACCUCAAUCUUGCCUACAUCAAAGUAGAGCAACACUCAUUGAAAACUUCUGAUCAAGGGUCCUGAAAUUUUCAUCUUUAAUGUCUUUGUAUUAAACUGAAUUUUCUUUUAAGCUGCCGGUGAUCACAAUUUUCAGUUAUUAUCAGCUGUCUAACUCCUGCAAUGAAUGUUUAUGUGAUUGAAGCAAAUGUGAAUCAUGUUAUUUUAAAAAGUGGCAGAGUAACUUAACUAUCAUGCAUGAUCCCUCAUCCCUGAGAUUUAUAGUCAUUUUACUUAUUUUAUUCAUUAGCUAACUUCGUCUAUGUAUAUUUCUAGAUUAGUGUAAUUGAUUAUAAAGGAUAUUUGUUGAAUCCAGGGAUUGCAUUUUGAAAUUAUAAUUAUUUUCUUUGCUGAAGUAUUCAAUGUAAAAUAUAUAAUAAAAAUAAACAUAUUUUAAAAUA